AAAUGUGAAAAUAUCAUGCCCUAUAAUUCUAAAAAUGGUGGUUGUAGUACGGGAACUUCAGGGGGAGCACAAAAGAUGAUGCCAUGGAAUGAAAUUUAUUUAGACAACUUGACCUUCAUGUAUGAUAUUCGGAUGCACGUUAUAAGCAAUAAUGUGAAAGGUGUGGAGAAAGGAAAGGCGAUGAUGUUUUACUUCACUAAACUCGAAUCCAACACACCCUCUGGCUUGCCUGCUCGAGUCGCAAGCAGUAGCUAUUUAAAGAGCAACUAUUUCAAGAACCGUCCAUCGAACUGGUAUUAUACGUACACCAGUCCUGAUGAAGUUAUAUUAUGUCCAGACUACAAACAGAAUCUCUACUGCCAUUUGCUUUGUGGUCUGGUUCAAAGAAAUAACGUUACAAGAAUUGGUUCUAUCUUUGCUUCAGUCAUGGUCCGAGCAAUCAAGUUUCUUGAAGAUUCAUGGGAGGAGUUGUGUUCAAACAUCCGAUCAGGGCAGCUCAGCGAGUGGAUCACAGACAUUGGUUGUCGAGAUUCCGUGUCUAUAGUUCUUGGUGCGGCUCAGCCAGAAGUGGCAAAGACCAUUGAAAAAAUUUGCAGCCAAAAGUGUUGGAAAGGUAUAAUCACAAAACUUUGGCCAAGAGCUAAAUAUAUUGAAACAGGUUCGAUGGCUCAGUAUGUUCCCACCUUAAACUAUUACUCUAAUGAUACGCUGCCUCUCAUUUCAACGAUCUAUGCUUCUUCGGAGACUCAAUUCGGGUUAAAUCUCAAUCCUAUGUGCAAGCCUGAUGAUGUAUCGUACACUUUCAUGCCCAAUGUGUCCUACUUCGAGUUCAUACCAGUGGAUGGAGAUAUGAAUGACGUUGUUGACCUUGGGGAUGUGAAACUCGGAUGUUAUUAUGAAGCUGUGGUCACCAAUUUCUCAGGCUUGUAUAGAAUAAGAAUUGGAGAUGUUCUAUUGGUGACUGGUUUCUACAACAAAGCACCUCAGUUUAGGUUUAUAAGAAGAGACAACGUAGUUUUAAGCAUUGACUUGGACAAAACUAACGAAGAUGAUCUGUUUAAGGCGGUUAAUCGCGCAAAACUCGCUCUUGACUCAUCAGAUCUCAUGCUAGUUGACUUCACUAGCUAUGCUGAUAACUCCACUGUCCCGGGUCACUACGUAGUUUAUUGGGAAGUAAAGGACAAAAACGAAGACAAAAAGAGCAAGAAGCAAAUGGACCUCAAACAAGAGACAUUCUCCAAAUAUUGUUUACUAAUGGAGGAUUCAUUUGACAUUGUUUACAAGAUCUGUCGGUUCAAAGAAGAAUCUCUAGGACCAUUGGAGAUAAAGGUGGUGCGUCAUGGGACAUUUGACUCUCUUAUGGAUAUCUUCAUCUCACAAGGUGCUUCGAUUGGUCAAUACAAGACUCCAAGGUGCAUCAAAUCUGGAAAAGCCUUAGAGGUACUAGAGAAAAGUGUGGUAGCCACAUUCUUUGGUACUGGAUAGAUAAUGUUUUGCUUAGUUAG